AUGGUCGGCACCAAGAUCUUGACUUUCGGCGCUCUCGCCACACUCGUUUGCGCCAGAGUCGCUCCUCCAUCGAAUGGGCAAUACAGCAACGUCGUACAUGCUCGACAGAGCGACGACGAUGACGAUGACGAUAACAACAACAAUUCCAGCUCCCAAACGAGCGCAGCUUGCAACGCCGUCAUCGACGCCACUCGCAGCAACUCUAACUACUGCUCCGACGCCAACAUCAUCAACCAGCUCAACACCUGUCUCGCAACAUUCUCAGGCGACGACGACGAAGACUGGGAAGAGACCUACGACGACGUGCUGGAGGGCAUUGGAAGGGCUUGCGGACAGACCGCCCGGCCAGGAUCCACUUUGACGGUGUCGGGUUCGACUGGGGCGUCGACGACAAAUGGCGCUACCUCGACCCCUACUCCUACUGCUACUGGAGUUGGCAACAACAACAACAACGAUGACGAUGAUGAUGAUGAUGACAAUAAUAACAAUAAUGGCAAUGCUACGAGGACGACGUUCAGUUCUACGACGACGGUUAGCACUGGGGCGCCUACUGGGACUGGCAAUAACAACAACAACAAUGAUGACGAUGACGACGACGAUGGAAACAAUAACAACAACAAUAAUACAUCGCGCACGUCUGGCACUUCAACGCCGACUACGAGCGUCACUACGACUGUUGGUGGCGCCACUGUGACGCCUACAUCCAAUUCUCAGGCCAAUAACAACGGCGACGAUGAUGGCAAUAAUAACAGUGUGGGAAGCACCAAUGCCGGCAGUGUGCUCAAUGCUGGUAUUGGGGCUGCUUUGGUUGCCGUGGUGUUUGCGUUGGGGAUGUAA